GCUGUUUCCUGUCUACAGUGUCUGUGUAAUGUAGAUAAAUGUGAGGAUUUUCUCUAAAUCCCUCUUCUGUUUGCUAAAUCUCACUGUCACUGCUAAAAUCAGAGCAGAUAGAGCCUGCGCAAUGGAAUAAAGUCCUCAAUAUUGAAAUGUGACAUUGCUCUCAACAUCUCACAUCUCUCUGGAUUUCUUUUUUCUCAUCAUUACUGCUAACAAAUUCAUUUCCAGACUUUGCACUUUCAAGAAGCAAUGGAAAAAAUCAACAGUCUUUCAACACAAUUAGUUAAGUGCUGCUUGUGUGAUUUCUUGAAGGUGAAGAUGCACACUGUGUCCUACAUCCAUUUCUUCUACCUUGGCCUGUGUUUGCUUACCUUAACCAGUUCUGUUGCUGCUGGCCCGGAAACACUCUGUGGUGCUGAGCUGGUUGAUGCUCUUCAAUUUGUGUGUGGAGACAGAGGCUUUUACUUCAGCAAGCCCACGGGGUAUGGAUCCAGCAGUAGACGCUUACACCACAAGGGAAUAGUGGAUGAAUGCUGCUUCCAGAGCUGUGACCUGAGGAGGCUGGAGAUGUAUUGUGCUCCAAUAAAGCCGCCCAAGUCCGCGCGGUCCGUACGCGCCCAGCGCCACACCGACAUGCCAAAAGCACAAAAGGAAGUGCAUUUGAAGAACACAAGUAGAGGGAACACAGGAAACAGAAACUACAGAAUGUAAGAACAUGCCAUCCACAAGAAUGAAGAAUGAAUGUGCCAUCUGCAGGAUACUUUGCUGUAAAUAAAUUAUUUGUUAAACAUUGGAAGAUUUAAAAAAAAACCUUUGUUUUAAAAAGCUUGAUGCAAUUUCAACCAAUGGGCAUUCUCCCAGUGAACAAUGCAACUAAACAUUCCAAUAUUAAGUCUUUAGAGAACAGAACAUUUUAACCAGACCAGAGCUAAAAAAUUCUGUGGUUGAUAUAUUGCUGUUUGUUAACCUGUUUUAAAUGUCCUGCACGAAAACUCUUAAAGUCCUGUGCCCCUCAAAAGCCUACAAAUUUCUGGGCCUUUGAUGGAUCCAAUUGCACUAAAUUAACCUAUGAACACUGGCUGCUGGAGUCAUUCAUCAGCCUUGUCUAAGUGGUGGUUUUUUUAUUUGCACUUCUUUACAAGCAACAGGCUGUUUGUUUUACAAUGUCUGAAAGCAUUGUUUGUCUACCCCUUCAUAUUUGCACAGUUUGACAUUCCCAGUAACAGCAGCAGUAAGGUAACAUACACAGUUUUAAACAUCCAUUAAUUCCAUCUGUGGCAUUUCGACAAAAUAUGGGUUAUAGAUGCAUUUGUUUUAAGACAGUUUUAUUCUUCCUUCUCUUGCAAACAUGCAAAUUUUUUUUUUUUUGCAAUUUGUGAGACAAAAGAUUUUUAAAAGCAGUUAAAGCAUACAUAGGCUCUCAAACCAGUAAUGAUUCUUCCAGGUAAUUAUUUUGUAACAGUAUAGGUAACUUCUUUCUUCCUCCAUAUAAUGCAGUAUGUAAAAUUUAGCAUAUCAACAAUACACAUAUAUCAAACAGUAUGUAAAAAAUCUCUGUUUUAUAGUACAACGGUGCUAUUUUAUAGUUUGUUACAUGAAAGGGUCUGGCCAAAACGGUAAUAGGUAAAAGCAAAUAUGGAAAGACCAAGCCAAAGAUUAAAUAACAAAUUACUUUCAAAAAUAUUCAGCUUAAAUUAAGUAAAAUGGCUUCAGAUUUCAACAUGAAAAUAACUUCACAAUCUUCAAAAGAAAAUACUUGUUUUCUUUUAGAUACUUGAAGGGUGGUGUUUUGACAUCUGAUUAUGUGGAACGCAAACUCAUGUGUAGGCCCAGAGAAGACAAUUUGAAAAACAAUUUGCAAAACAAGUGACUUCAAAGAGUAGUCCACCAGGGCCCAAAUGUUCCUGAAAUAUCAGCAUUCUGUUCAAUCAUAAAGGGGUAGUCAAGCUCCCCUCCAUUUUAAUUCUGCCCACAAUCAGAUGUGGCUUUCUUGACUGAGUUGGGCUGCAUCUCUCUGUAAAUCAGAAAAGCUAGUCUAAUCACCAAAUUACUAGUGUAGAAUGAGUCCUUGAGGAGAGAUUAACCAUAACAUCCUUACACCCUCACCUACAAGUGCCAUUCAUGUGCUCUUGUGGCAGUCAGAGAUGCCCAGAUAAUCCCUGCCAUCUAACUUUGAUAGGCCCUGCAGUGGUCCUUCCUCGAAUAACACCUCUGCUGCAUUUUUGUAAAUCAGCCCAGUGUAGAUUGGCCAAGCAGUGAAGGGAGAUAAGCAGUCAACAGUGUCCCAAGGUGAGCAUUAAACCUGUCUGUGAGAGAAGGAAAGGCAGAGGAAGAGGGAGAAAGAGGAAGGCGCUGUUCCACCCUGUCCAAGAACUCUGAUGAGGUCCCUUUCAACUUUUUCCUCUCACCAUGCUGCAUGUGGCAGGCUCAGGCAAGGGAUGAAGCAUUUCUUGGUCAGCUCCAAAGGGGGCCUGGAAAACAGUGCAUGAAGGGAGCAGUUAGUGAGGUGGCAGAUUAGAUCUAUAAAGGAAGUAUCUCUUUUUGAAGGCUGCUCAAAUCUGCCUUACUUUCUACUGUAGUAUCCCUUCUGGAGAAGGAAGGGUUCUAAAAGCAAAAGAGGGACUGGAUAAGUAUUGACUUAAACACAAGAGAAAGCUCUCUCCAGACUGCAUAUGUACAGCUCCUCAGUAGUCCCUUGUGAAACAAGCAGGAAAGGUCAUAAAAGUCUAACAAAUUAUUGUAGUUCCUUUUCUAUUCCCAUAGAAAAUUUGUGGUUUGUAUUUUUAGCAAGUGCAAUGUAUUCCUCUACAACUCUUUAAACCCUCUGCUUUCUGUGAGAUGGAUGUCUAUAUGCACAAUAAGCUGCCAUAGCAAUGUAAAAGUAGAACAGUAAACGAAUAAAAAGAAUAUGUCACAGCUCUCACUGACUGAGAUAGUUAUGUUGAAAAAGGAAGAAAGUAAAGAGAAACAGAUGGGGAAACAAACCUAAAAUAUUUACCAUCACUUCAAUAAACAGAGUUAGCAAUUCUGAUACCUGUCACAGCUCCUGCAGGCCUUUUUUUGGCAGGGGGGAUGGAGAGGGAAGGACUUUUUCUUUAGUAGCUGUAAGAAUUCUGCAACGCAAUCUAAGAACAAACCAUUAUUUUGAUGUAACAGACAUAAUACAUAUUUCCAUUUCAAGCCCCAUGACCCUUUCUGUCCCUGUCUCUUCUGAAGUUCUAAGGGGAAGAGGGAAGAAAGGUGUGAGUGUAAAAAGAAAUUUGGGAUAUCUGUGGCAGCAAGUUUCUUUGUAGAUAACUUUUUUACUGAUGUGCUUUUAACUGUAUAACUAUACAACAUUUUGCAUUAAUCCCUGCAAAUUAAUUGAAAUUUUUGGUCUUAUCUUGGGAUUCACACACUCACAUUCAUGCCACCAUAUUUCUCCUGUUGAAAACCCAUAAUUAGAAAAUGUCACUCAGAGACAGCAAUAUUUAUCACAAUUUGACAACUGUCUAAACAAAUUGGAACAAUUCUUGAAAACAACUAAAAUAAAUACUGAAUAGCUGCAAACUUCAAAGGCAACACUUUGCUUUACUAGAGAAUAAAUGAUAUCACAAAAUGGGAAGUAACUCCAGCCCCACAGAGGUGAGAAACGCAUGGGUGGGGAAUGCACUUUGUAUAAGAAAUCUCCAGACUUAUGGCAGGGAGCACAUGGCAAACCAGUCAGUAUGAAAGAUAAAGGGCUGCAUUAGCUUAAUAAUAACAUUAAAUCCACUACUUAAAGAAGUUGAAGCAUGAGCCAAAGCAUCUCCAUCCCAAAAGUACAAAGCAGUCUGUCUUGAAAAACUUCUAAUUAGAGAAAUUGAAAUAUUCAGCUGGAUUUUUAAAAGCACUCCAGAUAUUUAGGAGCUGGGCUCCCACCGGAUGCUAUUGAUUCUCAUAAAUCACUGAAAUGGUAAACAAAAGCCCAUUUCUCAUCCUUCCCUAUUGUGUGAGUCACAUGACAGAGAUCUCUGCUUUCUAGAAUAGACCUAAAAUUCCAACUAUUACACAGAAUAUCACUUAAAUGCCUAAUUUAAAAAGUGAAUUAAGCCUCAUUAUUUUCAGUCAGUCCAAAAAGCACUGCAGAUCUAAACCCACUUCAGUUAGUAUCUCUCUUUCAUCAGGGUAUCAAAAUUUAAGUCUCAUCUCCCUAGUAAACUAAUUAGUCAUUAAGAGUUUAAAUAGAAAAUCAACAAAUUCUUUAUCCUGCUCAAAAUGUAGUUAUAAACCCACAUUUCCAUGAAGGACUUGUAUGAGCUUAUUUGCACCAUUCAGCCAAGAGAGACAAGAAAAUCAAAGCCUGGGAUAUUGCAUCCAGUCCUGGUAGAUACAUAAAAAUACCCCCCUUUAUUUCCCAAGGCAGCUUACCCUGCUGGUCCCUUUAGUAAGAUUGAAGGGUGAAUUAGUGGCCAGCUUUCUUUACAGAAGUGAAUUCCAGGAGUCACAAAACUAGGAGUCAUGCUCAGUUGCCCCUGAGCUCCUUGUUCUCUCAGUACCAAUGGUUAAAGUUGGUUAAUGAAGACCUCAGGCCAAGCACUGUGUCUUUGUGGCUCUCCAUUCAACAAGCAAGUGCAUGAUAUGACAAGAUCAGAAAAGUGUAUUUGCAUAUUUGCUUUACCUGUUACUGAUUUGGCCAACAAUGCCAAAGUGGUGCUAUUGUUUUGUUUAAGAAAGUACUUGACUAAAAUAUAAAAGAAAGCAUAAAUAUUUUUUUAAUGUAUGAAAAUGACAAUUACAUAGGUAUGGUUAUUAAAAUAGAAGUAAAACUAGCCAUAACUUUUCAACUUUUUGUCACUCAAAAAAUAGCAAAGUAAUCUUAUGUCGAUACAGGUGGGGCAGGAAUAAGAGUCAAAAUGCCACAAAAAUUCAUAGACUUUAAAUGAAAUUCUGAAUCCUUAUUCCAAGUCAGAAAUUCAGAUGAAGAAAAGUGUUAGAAGUCAGGGAACUGGAAGCCUUUCAGAUCAUGCAAGUCCUAUAUCAUACCAGAGAUUUUUAAGCCACACUCUAGUCUGAAAUCAGUGUAGAGUUUGGCUUGGUCAGUGGCAUGAUAUGACUGAGAUUUUCACUGUGCAAACAUUUUUAGUUUUACCUGAUUACUUUCUUACUCAUGGCACAUAAACAAAAACGUAAUGUUCUUAAAACCAACAAAAGAUGCAAGCAUAUCUGAAUUUAACUAGGAAUGAAAAAAAUUAUUCCUCACAGGAAAUUGUUGGGUUUUUUUAAAUUCUUACUAGUUCCAAAUUGUGAGAAAAAGUUGAAAUAUAUGGCUAAGAGUCUGUGAACUAUUUUUCUUUUAUUACAUUAUGUGGUCACCAUGAACAACCUUAUGUGCAAAAUUUCACAUUUCUUUUUUUUUUGUUUUGAAAUUAUGCUAAGUUAAGCCCAAAAAGAGAUUCUGGGAACCUAUAGGCCAAAUAGAAUACUUAUGUUGUUCUGAUGAAGGUAUAAUCAAUAUAUUUAAAAUGCUUUAUUUUUAGUCUGAAAAGGAAUAGAAAUAAUUUAUUUGAGAGGGUCUGCUUAUACUGGUCCCUCUUUUUAGGAUACUGGUCAGUGGAAAUUAGUCUUCCAAACACCCAACUUCUAAUCAAAACCAAUGUUUUUCCUCCCUCCUGCUCUGCCCAACAAAUUUAGUUAAAAGACUAUUGCAACAUAAUUUUAUUGUUUGUCUGUUUGUUUGGGAGGGUUGUUUUGCUUUGAUUCACUUUGUUUUGAUUCUGGGGGCAAGGGGUAAGGAGGAAGAGAUGAGUGAUAUUUUUUUCCCUUGGGUACAAUCCACAUAAAAUAAAGAAUUUUUCUUAAUGAGAUUACUAAUCAUCCAAUUCAUGUGUGAAAGUGGCAUUCAGCAAAGCAACUAGAUUAAAUUUGUCUUGAAAGAAGUAAAGAAAGAUUUCAAUACAAAGUUGUUACCCAUUCUACUCCCACACUGAACAUGUUGGUUCUGACAGCAUUGGAAUAUUCUACUGGACUAAAUGCCCAAACACACAGUAUCUGAUAUAUAGAAAUCUUCUUUGACUUUUUUGUUUUUCACACAAAGGGUGUUAUGGGAAUGUCAGAAAUUUGAUUACACGUCAUGCAGUAUAUAGAGAGGCCAUUCUGGCAGAGGCCAAAAUAGGAAGGAUUUCCUUGAUGAUUACAUUAGGAAAUCUUACACUAGCUGCAUAAAGGGUGUAGCUGUGUAUAUAUACACAUAUACAGACACAUGUACAUAUAUAUGGGUAUAUAUAGACAAUGCUACAGUUUGUGCAUGUCUAUGUGCAUGUGUGUGUGCACGUGUAUAUUAUGCUUUUCUUUUUCCUGUCAAUUAAAAUUUGAAAUGCUUGCUUUUUUUCUCUUCAGAUCUUAUGGAUUAUAUUCAGUAAUCCAACUGGAAUCUAAUUUUAGAAGAGCAUUGUGUAAUAUGGAUGUCACAAUUUAGGUCCUGUCUUUGUUUUUCAUACCUAAAGAAAUGACCAGAUAUUUAAACCAUAAGACUCCUCUUCAUUGUCAUCAGGCAAAUAUAUUUAUCUGUUUAGAUACAGAUAUAAAAUACUAACUCUGAGGGCGAUAUUAUAAAAACCUUUAUUAAAAUUUUAUCUUCUAUUUCAUUUUUCUCCAUAAAACUUCUAUUACGUGUGAUUUUUUUAAGUGUAAGCAUCUCUUCAAAGUAUGAAUAAUAGGUAAUAUAAACAGAGCAGAAUUAUAAUUUCUGUCAUCACCUCAACUAUUAAUUUGUCAUUUAUAUGAUGUUUGUAAGAAUAAUUCAUCCCCCUCUACAGCAGUCUUAACUACAUCAGAAGUGGAAAAAGUUUAGCAAAUUCCUGUACCCCAAAUUAUUUAUAAUAAUUCUUGAUUUCUCUGUGUUCUUCAGUAACUUUUCAUUUUGCCAGCUUGGCUCACAAAAGUCAUAAAAAGCACCAAUGUGAUACUUCUGCUGCUAAACAUUUUUUCAUACAAGUAUUAAGCAUACACCCACCUAAAAUAUCCACAUAUUCACACUUUAUUGAAGUUCUUAAGAAACAAAACAAAUACAGUUGAGAGAUAAUUUUUCACACCAUUUUUUAACUAAAUCAAAAGCAUUGCAUUUUAUUGUAUUUUCCAUUCAUUAGUAUAAUUUCAUUCCUCUAAAGCAGCAGCAAAAUAACUGCAGAACAAAAAGGACUCUAUCCUGACAAGUUGGAUCAUGCUUCACAUACUCAUGUUAAAGAAAAAGGUUUAUUCAGAUAACUAUAUAAACAAUUGAUUAAAUGAAACUCAUAUUUUGCAGUGAGAUAUUUAACUUCAUAAAUUUAAAAAUCACAUGAAUGUUCCAGUCUUCCUGGUUUACUGGCAUUAACAUGACUUAUGGUGUGAAAAAAUCCUCACUUUAACAAUGAUCAAAGACAAAGGAUCCAAAACCAAGACUAAAGUGUUAUCAAUUAAGAGGUAAAAUGUCCUUACUUUGUGAACAGCAAUGAAUUCAAUCUUUCUUUUUUUUCACUAGAAUUUCAAAUGCAAUUGAUAUAAAUACUGCAUACAAAUUGUAGAUCUCUUCAUUAUUUCCACUUAGAGACAAGUUUGAAUAUAAUACAGCACGUGCAAGUGAGAGCACAUGAUACAGUGUAUAACUCAUAUCUUUUCAUUUAUCACCAUUUCUAAGGAAUUAGUCCAACAGAAUUCUAUAGAAAUCCUGAGCAAGGUGAAAAAAAUAAUUCUCAGAAAUGUAUAAUGAUAAUAGUUGCCUGAUUAAACUAAGUCUCAUCAGACAUGAGUCAUAAAGCGCUCCACUGAAAGCAGAUUGGUACUUCAUUAUAUUCUGAACAGCUUCACCUGUAGUCUGACACCUCGCACUGCUUUUGUCAGAAUGUGAUGGUUCUGUUUCACAGUUUCUUAAUCCUUGGAGUCAUAGGGUUGAAUAUUAAACAUGUUUAUCAAGACUAAGGAUGUCGGGAAACAAAAUGAAAGUAGAAGAAGCAGCACCACCUGCUGCUGAUAAUCAAAUCAUGUAUAAGCUUUCUUUUCUCCCAAAUUACUGCAAAGCCACCCAGAAUGCUAAACAAAGAGAUUAUUAGCACUUGCUUUUUAGGACAACCUUUCCAUAAGGAGUAACUGUCCUCUCUUUCUUCAGUAUUGGACCUCAAUUGGUAUCCUGACUAAAACUGGGGUUUCCAUGAUGCAAAGCAUGAAUGUGGAUACAUGAGUUUCUGAUUUCACUACUGAAUAAUCCUACUAUUAACAUUUCAAGUCAUUAUAACCAAACAGUGACAAGUGUUAUGUGUUCAUUUACUAGAAACCAUUUAAAUAUCUAUUAAAGUUCUAACUGGAUUUAUUCUUUCUUUUUUAUUUUCUCGUGCUUACUCAUAAUACAAUGUCACUACUUGAUGACAAAUAAUAUUUCAUACUGUGUAUGUAACAUCAUUGUGUUGCAGAAUCCCCCAAAUACCUCAACAAUGUCUUUGUUGCGCUAUUCCCCCAUCUAGCACUUAUAAGCUUUUCUAGUAACAACCAAUAAAUCAAAAAAUGGAGCUCUUGAUAUGUACAAAUAUAAAAAAAAUUCAAGAAGUUUUGCUAGUUUGCAGUUCAUGUAAUGCCACCUUGACCAUUCUCUUCCCCUCUCUCUAUGAGCUGUCUAGAACAGUAAACUUUGCUCCAUAAAUAAUAGUGUAUUCAUGCUUUUUAAGGCUUUUAUAUGCAUUUAUGGUAGGUAAAGGUUGAAAGAGGUAGUUGACUGAUUUUCACUUUUAUCUACUUUGAUUUCAGUAAAGGGCUUUGUCACUCUGUAUACAUAAAGGCUAAUGCACUCUUUGGUUUGUAGAAUGUACUGAAAUGUUUGCAACCCUCUUGGUAUCAGGUCCAAAAUGUGAAGCAUUACUGUUAAGAGGGUAUCUUUCUAAUGUAUUUGUAUGUAUAGUUUACACCUCUGUGAGGUCUAAUAAAGGAUUAUGGUUAAUAAAAAA